AUGGAUUCUGAGGAACGUAAGUCCUGCGUCCGUCAUCACACCGCCGGGGCGGAAAGUCGCUCUCGCUCCCCCUUGUUGGAUAUGAACAAUGAAGAACAAUUGCCCUGUGGACCACUGACAAACUUCCAUGUAAACAAUGUCCAUCUCAACUUCGUUGAACGGUGCAUCUUGCAAUCUGAUUCUGAUUCAUUUGACCAAACCCUUCCAUCAUCCCCCCUUCCACAGGAAUCAGACCACGUGUGUGACGAUUUUGCAGCCCAGGAACUCUGGCAAGAGGUACGCGAAUUCUGUGACUACAUCGACCACGACGACGAAGAAGGAGAAGAGGAAGAAGAAGAGGAACCCCUUCCAAUGGCUCGACCUUCACUCCGUGAAUUUCUUGCUACGAGCAACAUCAAGAUACAGAACGACAAUAUGCCCUACACAACUCCAGCCAAGCACUUCAGUAUGCUCGAUACACAGUUGAUCCUUCCCUCUCUCACUGAAAACAUCGACCUAUCUGCCAUGAAGGACGAGCUGAUUGCAAGAGCUACCUCGUGUUUUGGUCCUGCCUUUGCCCAUCAAGUGCUUGAAGAUGUCUACCAUCCCAUCAUGUCAACAACGAAAACCGUCUACAAAGUACCCAAUGCACUUCUCUCCCUUGACGCGUUACGCUCUGAGAACACCUCUCGCUUGCCAGUCAAACAACUCAAAGAAAAUGUGUCACAGCCCAACGCAAUAGUAACAAAACCAUCAAUCCGCGGCUCAGCUAUUCCACGCGCAGCAACGGCACUACGCAUCGCCACUCAAGUUCCCAAGAACCCUCGACCAGGCAACACCGGACAACCCUCUCUGCGGACAAUGCAGACACAGCAGACGGAGCGGACCCAUCCUACCCCAAACGCAUUGAUCCAACCCUUACCACUCGGCCUGUCGAUCGGCGACCUCCUCACGGGCAUGCUCUUCGGACAUGACACAUUCUGGCUUAGGCUUCCAUUUCCGAGGUCGAGCUCGAUACCAGGUGUCCGUGUGUCCAUUGGGGCAUCGUUGGCGGCAUUUCCCUACUUGACCAUCCUAAAGGCCGGCAAAUCUUGGGACCCGAACGAUGUAGAAGCGAUAGCUGCCCUGAUCUCCUCUUCUAUCCUAUCUGCCCAAGUCAAAGAACUCCAAGAAUGCCAAGAACUCAAAAAGACAGAUUAUGAUGCCGAACUGUGUCACAAUCUACGCCAUUACACCAUUGUUCUGAAUUCCAUGAGUUACUUCACUGUUUACAUGACCGAGCUAACGCAUGGUGCCAGUGCCGGAUAUCUCAUAUCGACCCUUUUUCAUGGUCCGGUCUUCACAAACCGCGGGACCUUCGAGAUGUGGCUUCGCGGAAUCCAUGGAUGGGCUACCAAGACCUGGAAACCUAUGAUGAUCACUGCAUUCUUCUCGGAGGAUUUUGUAUCCGACUUGGAGGUCGGUGAUGAUGUCGGAGAGGAUGCGCAACACGUCAAGGAGGAAUGGGCCGGGGUCGAAAACAUCUGA